UCAGCGUAGGCGCGGACCUCACCAAUUACAAGGGCAUAUUUUCUCUCUGCUUUUUCUCGUCGGAGCUCUGGCCUCUGCCGCUGGAAUCCGGCGAUCUUGUACCAGUUUGGUAUCGCAAAACUGCAAAAUGCUGAAUUUGUAGGAUUUCUCAAACGAUAGUGAGUGUCAUUUCCAUAAGAAAAGAUGUCUCGCCAGACGACGUCCUCUGCCUUUCACAAAUCCAAGACUCUCGACAACAAAUACAUGCUUGGGGAUGAGAUUGGGAAAGGAGCGUAUGGUCGAGUUUACAAAGGCUUGGAUUUGGAGAAUGGAGACUUUGUUGCUAUCAAACAAGUUUCCUUGGAGAAUAUUGCUCAAGAGGAUCUUAAUAUCAUCAUGCAAGAGAUCGAUUUAUUGAAGAAUUUGAAGCAUAAAAACAUUGUGAAAUAUCUUGGAUCAUUGAAGACAAAGACCCAUCUUCACAUAAUUCUCGAGUAUGUGGAGAAUGGCUCACUUGCAAACAUUAUUAAGCCAAAUAAAUUUGGGCCUUUUCCAGAGUCAUUGGUGGCUGUUUAUAUUGCUCAGGUUUUGGAAGGCUUGGUUUACCUGCAUGAACAAGGUGUCAUUCAUCGGGAUAUCAAGGGUGCAAACAUAUUGACAACCAAAGAGGGCCUUGUGAAACUUGCUGAUUUUGGUGUUGCAACAAAAUUAACUGAGGCUGAUGUUAAUACACAUUCAGUUGUUGGAACACCAUAUUGGAUGGCGCCUGAGGUUAUUGAAAUGUCAGGGGUUUGUGCUGCUUCUGACAUAUGGAGUGUUGGCUGCACUGUAAUUGAACUUCUUACAUGUGUGCCUCCAUAUUAUGAUUUGCAGCCUAUGCCAGCUCUAUUUCGUAUUGUUCAGGAUGAUCAUCCUCCAAUACCUGAUAGCUUAUCUCCUGACAUUACUGACUUUCUACGCCAGUGUUUCAAGAAGGAUGCUAGGCAGAGGCCUGAUGCGAAGACACUGCUUUCUCACCCUUGGAUACAGAACUCUCGGCGUGCUUUGAACUCUUUUCGUCAUAACGGAUCAAUAAGAAGCAUACAGCAAGAUGAUUCAGCUGACUCAGAAAUUUUAAAUGGGGAUAAUCAGAGCAAUGAUCAAAACUAUUCUUCAGGGAAAGCUGACGGGUCUGCUGAUAACUUAGAAACUGAUGCUAGGAAAGAGCAACUAACAGAGACUGCUGGUUUUAGCAACUCUGAUAAGGAUCAUUCAAAUUUUGAUAUUGUCGAGGAAAGAACUGAUAAAAUAGAAGAUGAUCUUCAGUCAGAUCAAGUUCCCACCUUGGCUAUUCAUGAAACGACAUCUCUCCAUAUUGCUUCUAAUGGACAGUCCUCCAAUAAAGUAGUGGCAGCUUGUGCAUUGCUUCAUGGCUCCACGCAUUUGCAUGACCAGGAUGAGAGUCAUAUAAAUGGUGAGGUUGCAUCCCCUGAAACAAGAAAGAAAAGUGUAGAUAGAAAGCAUGGUGGAAAAGGAAGUUCCAAUCAUGUUGAGAAUAAAUCAUUUGGUUUUGCACCAAGAAGUCAAGAUGGUGGCCUUCAAAAGGCUUUGAAGGGAUCAGUCACACUCGGAGGGAAUGAGCUUAGUAGGUUCAGUGACCCUCCAGGAGAUGCCUCUCUUGAUGAUUUGUUUCAUCCCCUUGAUAAAAACCUAGAUGAUCGGGCAGCUGAAGCUUCAACUUCUACGUCAACAUCACAUGUGAACCAUGGUAAUGCAUCAGUGAUUGAGGUUGGGAAAAAUGAUUUGGCUACAAAGUUGAGGGCUACCAUAGCUCAAAAACAGAUGGAGAAUGACAUAGGGCUGAAAAAUAGUGGUGGUGACUUGAUUCGCCUAAUGAUGGGAGUUCUAAAGGAUGACAUUGAUGGUUUGGUUUUUGAUGAAAAUUUGCCUGCCGAAAAUCUUUUUCCCCUGCAGGCUGUUGAGUUUGGAAGAUUAGUUGGUUCAUUAAGACCUGAGGAAUCGGAAGAUGUGAUUGCAUCUGCAUGUCAGAAACUUAUUGCUAUAUUUCACCAGCGACCUGAGCAGAAAAUUGUUUUUAUCACUCAGCAUGGGUUGCUUCCUCUAAUGGAAUUACUUGAAGUUCCUAAAACUCGUGUUAUAUGCUCUGUCCUGCAACUUGUAAAUCAGAUUGUUAAAGAUAAUACCGAUUUCUUGGAAAAUGCUUGUCUUGUUGGCUUGAUACCAGUAGUCAUGAGCUUUGCCGGACCUGAUCGUCCCCGGGAAGUUCGGAUGCAGGCAGCCUAUUUCUUGCAGCAGCUUUGUCAAUCAAGCCACUUGACGUUGCAAAUGUUUAUUGUGUGCCGUGGAAUACCUGUUUUGGUGGGCUUUCUAGAGGCUGAUUACGCAAAAUACAGGGAAAUGGUUCAUCUGGCUAUUGAUGGCAUGUGGCAGGUCUUUAAGCUUCAGAGAUCUACCCCAAGAAAUGAUUUCUGUCGCAUAGCUGCAAAAAAUGGAAUAUUGUUGAGGCUUAUCAAUACACUUUAUAGUUUGAAUGAGGCAACUAGGCUAGCUUCUAUAUCAGUUGGAACUGGAUUUCCACUUGAUGGUUCAGUUCAACGACCACGUUCUGGUCCAUUGGAUCUGAAUCAUCCUAUUUUUAUUCAGAGUGAGGCAUCGCUUUCAGCAUCUGAACAGCCGGAAGUCCUUAAGGCUAGGCAUGGAGUGAUGGAGCAUCCCAUGUCAACUGGCACACAAGAACCUUCUCGUGCCUCUACUUCACAUUCGCAAAGGAUGGAUGUCAUUCAACCUGAUUCUAGAUGCAUUUUGCCAGAUACUGACAGACCUCAGUCUAGCAAUGCAGCACUGGAAACUUCAGCUGCUUUAGAAAAAGCUGGAAAUAUAGCUGCCAAAGAGUCUUCAGCAACUGCUUCCAAAGAGCGAGACAACCUAGAACGAUGGAAAGUUGAUUCAUCUCGAGCAGAAAUUGAUGUUCGACAGCAGCGAGUUGCUGGUUCCACUAAUAGGAUAUCUACUGAUAGGCCACCAAAAUUGAUUGAAAGUGCAUCUAAUGGUCUUCCUACUAUGAUGUCCACUCAGCCAGAGCAAGUUCGACCUCUUCUAAGCUUGUUGGAAAAAGAACCACCUUCCAAGCAUUUUUCUGGUCAGUUGGAGUAUGUUCGCCACAUCUCAGGGCUGGAGAGACAUGAAAGUAUUUUGCCUCUAUUACAUGCAUCUGUUGAAAAGAAAACCAAUGGUGAAUUAGAUUUUUUGAUGGCAGAAUUUGCAGAGGUAACAGGGCGUGGAAGAGAAAACGGAAAUCUAGACUCUACACCUAGAUCUUCACAUAAGACAGUAAACAAAAAACCGGGAACGCAGGCAUCUAACGAUGGAGCUGCUUCCACAUCUGGUAUUGCAUCUCAAACAACAUCAGGUGUACUGUCUGGUUCAGGUAUUCUGAAUGCUAGACCGGGGAGCGCAACAUCGUCUGGAUUACUUUCCCACAUGGUAUCAACAGUGAAUGCUGAUGUUGCUAGGGAUUACCUGGAAAAGGUGGCAGACCUUCUGCUUGAGUUUUCUCAAGCAGAUACAACUGUAAAAUCCUAUAUGUGUAGCCAAAGCUUGCUUAACCGUCUCUUUCAGAUGUUCAAUAGAAUUGAGCCACCUAUUCUUUUGAAGACACUCAACUGUAUAAAUAAUCUGUCAACUGACCCCAAUUGCUUAGAGAAUCUUCAGCGGGCAGAUGCAAUUAAGUUCUUGAUCCCAAAUCUUGAACUCAAAGACGGGCCUCUUGUAGGGCAAAUCCAUAAUGAGGUUCUCAAUGCACUAUUUAAUCUGUGCAAGAUAAAUAAGAGGAGACAGGAACAAGCUGCUGAAAAUGGAAUAAUUCCACAUUUGAUGAAUAUUAUUAUGACAGAUUCUCCCUUGAAGCAGUAUGCUUUACCUCUAUUGUGUGACAUGGCGCAUGCAUCUCGUAAUUCAAGAGAGCAACUAAGGGCCCAUGGUGGAUUGGAUGUGUACUUAAGCCUGCUUGAUGAUGUGUAUUGGUCAGUGACAGCAUUGGAUUCAAUUGCUGUUUGCUUGGCUCAUGAUAAUGACAACCGCAAAGUAGAACAAGCAUUGCUGAAAAAGGAUGCAGUUCAGAAAUUAGUGAAGUUCUUCCAGAGCUGUCCAGAGCAACAAUUUGUGCAUAUUUUGGAGCCAUUUUUGAAAAUUAUCACGAAAUCAUCCCGGAUAAAUACUACGUUAGCUGUUAAUGGUUUGACACCUUUGCUCAUUGCAAGGCUGGACCAUCAGGAUGCAAUAGCUCGUCUAAAUUUGCUUAAACUAAUAAAGGCUGUCUACGAGCAUCAUCCUCGGCCAAAGCAAUUGAUUGUGGAGAAUGAUUUGCCACAAAAACUUAAAAAUUUGAUUGAGGAACGCCGCGAUGGGCAAAGCUCAGGAGGCCAAGUGUUGGUGAAACAAAUGGCUACUUCUCUGCUUAAAGCACUUCACAUUAACACUGUUCUGUAAAUUCAUGUCACUCCAAUUUGUAUAUCAUGUUCUUUAGCAAGAAUUACUUUAGAUGCAUUAGUGCUUUUGUUUUUUCUUAAAAUUUGGUUUGCUUGUUCAUAUCUUCAAUCUUGUGGAUGCAACAAGAUCGGUGUGCCGUAUUUAUUGGAUAUGUUCCGAAGGCUCAAAGUUA